UUUUCUUUCUCCUCUUCCUUCUUCUUCUUCUGCCUCCCUAUUCUACUCUACUCACCAAUCCGCGCCGCCGCAAUCCAUCACGUGGAUUUUCGUUCCUUUUCUUCUACGGAAUUUCUCGAUUAUUGAUUCGUUGGAGGGUCGGCAUGGCAGACGGGAAGCCGGCGGAGAUGGAGAGCGGAGGAGAGAGGAAGCGGAAGCGCGGGGUAGAGGCUUCAUCUUCAUCUUCUUCUUGUUCGUCAUCGUCGGCGGUGGCCAAGUGGAGAACAGAGGGGGAGCAGAGGAACUACUCCUCCAAGCUCAUCGCGGCCCUCCGCCGCGUUCGCUCAGCCACUCCUUCUCCGGCAGGGAGCCGAGCCGUCCGGGAGGCGGCCGACCGGGCGCUCGCCGUCGCCGCCCGCGGUCGCACGCGGUGGAGCCGCGCUAUCCUUCUUUCCAGCAAGAUCCCUUCUCUCAAGCGCAGCAGAGUGCUGCUGCGGCGGCGCGCCACCUUCAGACCCAAGCCCGUCGCCGCUGGGCGGAGCAGCAGGCCGCCGGCCCUGGAGAAGAAAACAAGAGUCCUCGGCCGGCUAGUCCCCGGCUGCCGAAAACUCCCCCUCCCGUCGCUCCUCGAGGAGGUCUCCGACUACAUCGCGGCGCUGCAGAUGCAAGUCCGCGCCAUGAGCGCCAUCGCCCAAAUCCUCUCCGCCACCUCCGAUACUGGUGGAGCUCCUCCGCCUCCGCCCAUGUAAUUUAUUUGUACAUUUUAAUGAUCACCCGCUCUCUUCUAUUUGUAA